CAUUUCUAGAUUUUCAAUCAAGUUGGUAGCUUUCCCUUUGCGAAAUGUUACCCAGCAAUCUAUUGGUAAUAUUUAUUCUAAUAGUUUCGGUGGCAAUAAUACAAAUGACUCAGGUUUGGUCGUCUUUUGAUGAGUUAUUCAAUUAUUCCGAACCAGAAACGUUGGAGUACAUAAUUUUAUCCGGACAAAACGAGAAUGAAACCAUCAGAAGCGAUCUUAAAGCCUUCGUAUGUGUUGAACCGGUCUUCGAGAGAUUUACUUCAGUGAAAUAUAUAAUAUUACACUACGCUCGUGUGCUUUAUAUUAGCAGUGAUUGUUUUCGUGGAAUGAAGGAGAUAAAAUUUGUGGGUUUGGAAUGGAAUGAACUCACAAUAGUCGACAUGAGGAUUUUCAGUGUAUUAAAUAAGAUUGAAUACAUUUAUUUAUCCGAUAAUUAUAUUGUGCAAAUUAAUUUUAAUAUCACAUUACCUGAAUUGCAACACUUUGAAGCAGACAACAACAGAUUGCAAACCAUUAGAAUUGACUCAAAAAAUUUACCAAUAAUAUCGAGAUUAAAUCUAAACAAUAAUCAAAUUUCCCAAUUCACAAUUGAGAGUGAAUCAAUCACUACAUUGAUUUUAACUAAAAACAGAAUAAAAUCCUUCCAAGGACCAGACUUAAGAAUAUCAAGUGAAUGUUCUGUUGACCUUAGUGAUAACCUCUUGACCAAAAUAACACCCGACAUGAUUGCAAAUAUUCCACAUUUGAUGCACAUGAAUCUCUCUCAUAAUUUUCUUCAUGUCGUACCUAAUUUCAAUUCUCUGUGGACUGAUUUGACUCACAAUCUCAUCACAACUCUGGAAAAUGUCAACUUCUCACCAUCUAAUCAAAUUAGAUCAGCUAUAAUAUUAGAUUCCAACAAAAUCUUUCACUUCGAAAGAUGGAUAACAUUUAAGAAUGUGACUGUAUUCUCAUGUAAGUUCUGCUCAAUUCACAUCAUUGAGCCAUUCUUCUUCAGUAAUACUUUUACGUAUUUGAGUCAUCUUGAGUUAAAUUCUAAUUAUUUGACAACUGUACAUAUUUUCGAAGCUCAUGAGAAAGAUCUGGAAUUCUCUUAUAUCAAUUUAUCUCGUAAUAAAAUACAAAAAAUUGGCAGAACAGACCUUUCACGAUUAUCUCGAGUAGUAAAAUUGAUUUUGGACACCAAUGAUAUUCUCACAAUCGAGAAUGGAGCUUUCGAUCAAAUGGUGGAAAUGAAAUAUCUCGAUUUAUCAAAUAAUCUAAUAUUUAAAUUACCAUUGGAACUUCUGGAAAAGAAUAUCAACUUGAAAAUAUUGCUACUGUCUGGAAAUAACAUGGCAUUCUUCAGGAUUCCCGGGUGGCAAAAAGACACAGGAAAAAUAAUGCCUAUAAAUUCUACACUAAAUACACUUAGACUUCUACAUAUUCAGAACAAUCCUCUUCAGUGUGGAUGCGUCGAUGUGAUUCGAUCUUGGGCGAAGAACAACAAUAUUUUACUUAGAAUUCACGAUGAAAACGUGAAAAAUGGCGUGAAACCAGCUUGUAUUGUUAAUGAUGGUGGUUGUAGCAUUAAUGUUAGGAAAAUCUACGUUAAAGAUUAUUGGCACAUAUUCAACGAUAAGAGAAUUCACGAUAUUUUCGAACAGAAUGAAGGAGAUGAAUAAAAUGUUGUAAUUUUGAUUAUACACAAUUAGAAAAAUUUCACACUUAUUUCAAAUUGAAAAUAUCGACAGGUCAUUGUUCUGAAAAUCUCACUUAACAUAUGUAUAAGCAACAUUGUGGAAAGUGCAUAAUUGUAAUGAAUCAAAUCCAACAAAUGAAAUGAAAACAUACAACAAACCUGUUUAAUGACAUCACGAGGAAUUCCACAUAUUAAACAGAAUUUUUAAUCGGCUUGUGAGUGUAUUUGUUUUUUGCAGUAUCUCAAAGUGAUUUUUUCAUUUACUAACAUUUUGCCACACAGAU